AUGGAGGAGAGGCAGAAGGCCUGCCUGGUGGUGGCUGCCUGUGUGAGCACCGUGCUCUGCCUGGUCUCGUCCACAUCUGCCUUCUCGCACGGCGCCGGCCCCUCUGCCUGUGCUGACAUGAUGCCCAGGCACCUGCGGGCUCAGCUGCACAGCCCCACCAACAACUACGUUACCGUCCACACCAACGUGUCCUUCUACGUCCCGGGAGACAAAGUCCCAGUGACAGUGAGAAGCAGCCGGGAUUUCAUGGGCUUUUUGCUUCAAGCUCGCAAAGUGUCUAACGAUGAAACUGCUGGCACAUUUGUCUUCAUUCCUCCUGGCUCCAAGCUGCUGUCUUGCUUUGAAGACGGUGAUACUGUCACCCACUCGGACAAGUCCCUGAAGAGAAACCUGUCCUUUGUAUGGAAAGCGCCGGACCAACCCAUUGGAGACAUCAGAUUUUUCAUCUCUGUAGUCCAGUCAUACUUUGUUUACUGGGCAAGGAUCGAAUCGGCCACCGUGGCUCAGCGAGGGCACAACGACACAUCUGCUGGAGGCAGCAGGAAGGCCGGCCCUGCAGCACCUGCACCCACGCAGGAACCUGCAGGCCCCCACGUAGCUGGCACAGCAAGCAAAGCUGCUGGCAAGACCAGCGAUGGCCAUAAAGAACUCCCUGAUGAGAAGGCACAGACGGGCAUCCUAGGCUCUGGCUCUUCUACUGCCAUCCCCAGCUCUCUCCAGUACACCAGCCCUGCUCUGGUCAGCCUGACCGGCAUCCAUCCAACACCAGCACAGGGUUCAAGCAUUGCUGUCCACUCAGAUACGCAGCCCACCACAGAGCCAACGCUGUUGUCCCAAACCUUGAGGGGUGCCUCCAGCAGGAGUGGAGGGAGCAGCCCCACGAGCAGCUCAAGGCUGGAGCCAUCGCUUGCCUUCCAAGAGCCAGGCCUGGCUGAUGAUCUGCAAAGCUUCCUCUUCGAGGAUUAUGCCUCCAAGCAGAGCCUCUCUGGCAGAGCACAAAGUGGUGCCAGCACUACCAACCCACACCUGUGUGUGACAUGUAAAGAUGAGCAGGCAAGUACUGAGAACGGGGCCGCCCUGGAAACUUCCCUGCCUGCAGCAGCCUCUUGGUCUGCCCUACACGUAGGCGCUCACCUGAGUGAAGCUGCCGUGACAACAGCCUGGUUUGGCAAUGAGGACACCGUCAGCAAUUUGUCAUCGGCCUGGAGGCAAAUGGCAGAAAGCAAACCAUCCCAGCGGCCAGAGGAGGGCGAGGAGGAGGUCAGUGAGGAGGUGGGUGGGCACACGCUGCCGUGGGUGACCAGAGCAGGUCCCAAACCCGCUGUCCCAGGGAGGGGGGACGGCUCUCGCAGAGGGACACGUCUGAUAGCGGCCCAACUUGGCAUCCUCCUCGUCUGCACGGCGGUGCUGGGGCUGGCCGCGGCAGCUGGCCUGCGCUACGUCUGUGCCCGGUACUGCCACAAGAGGACAGAAGUGUCCUUCAGCGAGCCAGGCAACAACGUCAUCGCUGUGAAGGAAAGCGGGGAGAUGAUGCACUUCCGCAAGAUCCGCGAGAACAGCUUCGUGCUGGUUCAAGCUGAGUACAACUGGAUCGGCCCGUCAAGCAGCGGGACGAGGAGACUAACGUAA